AUGUCUGACCCGGACCUUAUCGGCGACUCGCCUGAGCAAAAUGCUUUGGACUCCUCUGAACCGUUGCCUUUUCCGGAAGAUGCUGAGAUUAGUGAGGUGACCGUCACAGAGGAAAAGAAUGAUUCCGAUUCUGGGUACCCGGAAGACACAAGACAUGAGAAGUCGCUCUCCCCAGUUGUCGUGGAGGAAUAUCUAGAUCUGAUUAUAGUUUUAGUGGACCUCCGACCACCUGAGCAUAGGGGAAAAGAGGGCUGCGGGCGCAGGUUCUGGACCCAGCAGGAGUGGAGAUCAGACCACACCGAUACUGAGGACUUCUUCCAUGACCCUGAGCCAGAAGAUAGAGAUGGGCAUUCAUUCUCCACCACCAAAUCAGAGAGUUCCGGGAAACCCAACCUGAAGCAAAGGAUUGUCCUGAGCGACCUGUCAUCCGAAGCCUGGACACCAGAGGUCGAUGACGCACUGGAGCGCUUUGCAUCGGACGUCAGCCAGGAGACAAUGUCUGUGUACCUCGACCCUCAGAGUGGGCUUCAGGCCGGGCCCAGCAUGCCAGCACAAGUGCGUAACCAGUUCCUCUACUUUGUGCGCAAGGAGCGCGCGCACCUCACCCCCGAGAACCUGGAGGAAAGCUUGCAGUUUGGCUCGGUGAGAGGGUCCUACAUUGCCGCCCUGCUGAGGCUGAUGAACGGGAUCUACGCCCCCUACAUCUUCGGGAACACCAGCUGGCCUGAGAGCAUGCGCAACAAUUUCUCCGCCAACGUUCACCGCUUCCUUGCUGCGCUGACGGACACCAAGUACAAGUUACAGGGACACACUGUCCUCUACAUCCCCAUUGAGGCCAUGAAUGUGGAAGCUGGAGCCGCCAUCAAGGACAAAGAGCUGGUGCAGAGGCUGGAGACUGCCAUGGUGCACUGGACCCGCCAGAUCAAGGAGGUUCUUAGCGCCCAGGAAGCGGUGGAGAUGGGCGAGAGCUCAGGCCCUCUAGAGGAGAUUGAAUUUUGGAGAGAAAGAUGCACCGACCUCUCUGGAAUCGGCAAGCAGCUGGAUAAGCCCGGAGUCAAACACAUCGAGCACAUCCUGCAGAUGGCAAAGUCAUCCUACGUGGGACCUUUCCAGAAGCUGUCCAAGCAGAUUCAGGAUGGGUCUGUCCAGGCUCAGUCUAACCUCAGCUUUUUAUCCAUACUGAAAGGGCCAUUUGAAGAGCUGAUAUCCCUAAAGCUCAAAGACAUUCCUGACAAAUUCCCUCAUCUCCUCAACCUCGUCCGUGUCAUCUGGGUCAACUCGCCCUACUACAAUACCCGGGAUCGCCUAACCUCACUAUUUCGCAAGGUGUGCAUGUGUCAGCAACAGUUUGGACGAUGGGAGGACGGAAAGCAGACGCCGCUCCCCUGCUUUCCUGGGCAGAGCGGUCCCCAGAUUACCCGCAGCUUGCUGGAGAUUGAAGAUACGUUCCAGAAGAGCCUUCUCAUUCUCAAGUCGGUGAAAAAGACCAUACUGGACGUGAAAAAUACCACCUGGCAUGACAACUAUAACAGAUUCCGAACCGGCGUGAAGGAUCUGGAGGUGAUGAUGCAAAAUCUGAUCGUGACAGCCUUCGAGACGGUGCGCAGCGCAGAGCAGGGUGUAGAACUGCUGGACGUCUUCCACCAUUUUUCAGCCAGAGAGGCCAUAAAACGGACAUUUGAUAAGAAGACGGUACGAGUGUACGUAUUGUUCAAGAAUGAGCUGGAUCUCGUCAACAAGGAACUGGGCAGAAAAAUUCCGACCGUGCCACCUCACAUAUGUCGCUCCGCCGGACAGGCGCACUGGGUGCGGGCUCUAAGACGACGCAUUGAUCGGCCAAUGCAGAUCCUGGCCAGCUGCCAUAUCAUGCCCCGCAUCGGAGUAGCCGAGGAGAUCAUUCAGGAGUACCAGCAGCUGGCACAGAAACUGGACGAGCUGGUGAGGAAGAUCUUCUCGGAAUGGUCCCAGUCGGCGGACAAGCAGGCCACGAAACGCCUGGACAUCCCGCUGAUGGUGCGCAGCAAGGAGAAGGUCGGGAUGCUUGACGUGAACUUUGAUAAGAACGUGUUGAAGUUGUUUGUGGAGAUCCAUUACUGGGAGCGGCUACAGUUUGAGGUCCCCCAUUAUGUGGUGGACAUUUACCAGCGACAGGAGGACCUCCGAAACCUGCGAGAAAAUGUUCUCCUGGUGGUGCGCGCCUAUAACAGGAUCAUAGCGACUCUUUCCACAGAGGAACGUGGCCUGUUCAGGGAAAGAAUCCGUUUCCUAGAUAAGAAGAUUCAGCCGGGGCUUACAAAGCUACACUGGUCCUCUAAGGGAGCAUCGACUGCCUUCAUCAAUGACUGUCUGCUGCAAGCCAGCAAGAUCCAGCAAAUUGUCGACAACUAUAAGGCCUCCAACUUGAACAUCUCGCGCUGCGCCCAGACAAUCAGCGAGUCCCUGCUGCUUCAAAUCGAUGGAAACCGAGUCUUCCGUUAUCUGGAGUUCCAGGACGCACAGGGGGAACAUCGCCGGGCUGUACAGAGACGUCUGCAGAACCUCCACGAGGAGAUCUGCUCCCUCAUGAGGACCACCUUUGAGGUUUUCAAGGCGGACGGACCUGAGGUCCAGCAGCACUGGAUGUACUACACAGAGAAGAUAGACCGUCUGGUGGAAGAGGCCUUCAGACUCAACAUCAAGUGGUCUCUUCAAGAACUGUCCAAGGCCAUCAAUGGAGACAGCAAAACCACCCCAAGUCCUCUCUUCCGGGUCAUGGUGAUACUACAGAACGACUUUCCUGGCUCCACUGCUGAGGUGGAGUUCUCACCCACGCUGCUGCAGCUAGCCAACCUUGUGAGCAGUGUCUGUUCAGAGAUUCUCAUCGCGGUUUCCAGCUUCCAGCGUCUCCCGGAUAUUCUGACCCAGAAGAACUCUUUGCGGGACCCCAUACACAACAUCCUAGAGCGCGAUGAGGAGAUCAAGAAGAUCCAAGCCCUCAUCAGUGGGGGAAUGGCUGCGAAUGCCACCCUUCUCCAGGCCUACCUGAAGACAUGGGACACCUUCCGAAUGAUCUGGGAGCCCCAGAAAGACACCCUGAUACGCCGCUACCAACGCCUCAACCCCAUGGUGUCCGCGUUCGAUGCCGACAUUGCUGGGUACACAGAGCUGGCGAACAAUGUCCAGAAGCAGGAGACCGUACAGAACAUCCAGUUUGUCAUGCUGGACUGCAGCCAGCUCAAGUUCGCUUUGGUCCAACACUGCAACGAGUGGCAGAACAAGUUCACUGGCUUACUGCGAUCCAUGGCUACCGAGAAACUGAUGGAGCUGCAUGCUUAUCUGCGCAACAAUGGGGAGCGGGUGAUGAUGUCCCCGCAGACCCUGGAAGAACUGGCACAGAGCCUGGCCUUGUACGACACCCUCAAGGGCGAGCUGUCCAAGGUGGAGAGUCAGAUCAUGCCCAUCCACGACCAGUUUGAAAUUCUGAAGAAGUACGAAGUUGCUGUGGAGGAAUCAGUCCUGGAGACGCUGGACUCCCUGAACAAAGCCUGGCUGUCGUUCCAGCAGAGUCUUAUUGACAGCGAGACCAUGCUGAAGAAAUCCAAGGAGAAGUUCAAGACUGGUCUCAUCCACACCGCUGAGGAGUUCAAGAAGAAAUCACGAUCUCUGCUGGAGGACUUCGCUGGGAGAGGCCCUUUCUCCAGCUCGGUGGGAUGUGAGCCGGCUCUGGAACAAAUAGCCACAUUCCGUCAAAUGAUGAAAACCCUUAAAGAGGAGGAAAAUACCAUUCGCUCUGGACUCAGCAUGUUCAAGAUCGAGCAACCGCGCUCUAAGGAUAUCCAGGCCCUGGAAAAGGACCUGGACUCUCUACAGCUGGUGUGGGAAGCCACGAAGGAAUGGGAACAGAACUGGAGGGACUGGAAAUCUGGUCGGUUCCUUACACUGCAGACGGAGAUUAUGGAAAAUACGGCACAAGGCCUGUUCAAGAGGCUGAGCAAACUCAGCAGAGAGCUGAAGGAUAAAAACUGGGAUGUGGUGGAGACAUCAAGGAUGCGGAUUGACCAGUUUAAAAGGACGUUGCCUCUUAUUGUGGACCUGCGGAACCCGGCACUGCGGGAGAGACACUGGACACAGGUCAAGCAGGAGAUCCAGAGGCCCUUUGACCAGAAGGGAGAUGACUUUACUCUGGAGAAAAUUGUUGAGUUAGGCCUUGACCACCACGUGGACAAGAUCAAUGAAAUCUCCACUGCUGCCACCAAGGAGCUGUUCAUUGAGCAAGCCUUGGAGAACAUCACAAGAACGUGGGAGGAGACCAGGCUGGACAUUGGCCCCUACAAAGACAAGGGCCACCAUCGGCUGAGAGGAACGGACGAAGCAUUCCAGGCUCUAGAAGACAACCAAGUCAGCAUUUCCACCAUGAAGGCAUCACCAUUCGUGAAAGCUUUUGAGCAGGACGUGGACCGUUGGGAACGCUGUCUGUCCCAUAUCCUGGAGGUCGUAGAAAUGAUCCUCACUGUGCAGAGACAGUGGCUGUACCUUGAGAACAUCUUCAUGGGAGAGGACAUCAGGAAGCAACUGCCCCAGGAAUCAGCGGAGUUUGACCAGAUAAAUAUCAGCUGGAAGACCAUCAUGGACAGGCUGAACAAUGACAGCAAUGCUCUACGUGGGACCCAUUUUCCAGGCCUCUUGGAGAAGUUGGGGGAGAUGAAUGCGAUUCUGGAGGGUAUACAGAAGUCCCUGGACCUGUACCUGGAGACAAAGCGUCAAAUCUUCCCACGAUUCUACUUCCUUUCUAACGACGACCUGCUGGAGAUCCUUGGACAGUCCCGGAACCCAGAGGCCGUCCAAUCACAUCUCAAGAAAUGCUUUGACAACAUCAAGUCACUGAAGAUCCAGAAGGUUGGUAACAGAUAUGAAGGCAUGGGGAUGUUCUCAGCAGAGGGCGAGUACGUGGACUUUACACACCCCGUCCUCUUAGAGGGUCCUGUGGAAGCCUGGCUGUGCGACAUCGAGAGGACCAUGCGCUGGACACUAAAGGAGCUUCUCAGAAACUGUCGUCUGGCGCUAAAGAAGAUGAGCAGCAAACGCGACAAGUGGGUGAAGGAGUGGGCAGGACAGAUGCUGAUCACCUCUAGCCAGAUCCAGUGGACCACAGAUGUCACCAAAUCUCUAGUGACUGCUAAGGAACGUGCAGACAAAAAGUUUCUGAAGAUAAUGAAAAAGAAGCAGGUCUCCAUGUUGCACAAAUAUUCUGACGCCAUUCGAGGGAACCUGACAAAAAUUCUGCGUCUCAAACUGGUGGCACUUGUGACGGUUGAGGUCCAUGCCAGAGAUGUCAUUGAUAAGAUGCUGAAGAGCGGAUGCACUGAUGUGGCUUCCUUUGAGUGGCUGAGUCAACUGCGCCUAUACUGGGAUAAGGACGUUGAUGAUUGUAUUAUUAGACAGACAAACACUCAUUUCCAAUAUGGAUAUGAAUAUCUGGGGAAUUCGGGACGUCUGGUGAUCACACCUCUCACUGACAGAUGUUACGUGACUCUCACCACCGCCCUGCACCUCCACCGCGGAGGCUCGCCAAAGGGCCCUGCCGGCACCGGGAAGACUGAGACAGUAAAAGACCUGGGAAAGGCGCUGGGGAUGUAUGUGAUUGUGGUAAACUGCUCGGAAGGCCUGGAUUAUAAAUCGAUGGGAAGAAUGUACUCCGGUUUGGCUCAGACUGGUGCCUGGGGCUGUUUUGACGAAUUUAACCGCAUCAACAUUGAAGUUCUGUCUGUGGUGGCCCAGCAAAUCCUUUCCAUCCUGUCUGCUCUGUCCGCCAACCUGACCCGGUUCAUCUUUGAGGGCAGAGACAUCAGUUUGGUAUGGUCCUGUGGCAUCUUCAUCACCAUGAAUCCAGGUUAUGCAGGCCGUACCGAGCUCCCAGAUAACCUCAAGUCCAUGUUCAGGCCCAUCUCUAUGGUGGUACCGGACUCCACACUGAUCGCAGAGAUUAUUCUAUUCGGAGAAGGCUUUAGUAACUGCAAGCUCCUGGCUAAGAAGGUCUACACCUUAUAUUCCCUGGCCAUUCAGCAACUUUCCAAGCAGGACCACUACGACUUCGGCCUACGAGCUCUGACCUCUCUGCUGCGAUACGCCGGGCGUAAACGCAGACUCCACCCAGAUCUGUCCGACGAGGAGAUUCUCAUCAUGUCAAUGAAAGACAUGAAUGUGGCCAAACUCACCUCUGUGGACCUCCCUCUGUUCAGCGGAAUCAUGCAGGAUCUUUUCCCGGGCAUAGACACACCGUCAGCGGAAUAUGGCAAGCUCCGGGAGCAGAUUGAGGAGGAACUGCGCCUCUCUGGCCUCCAGAUCACGCCGUUCACCGUCACCAAAGUCAUCCAGUUGUAUGAAACCAAAACCUCGCGUCACUCCAGUAUGAUAGUGGGCAGGACCUGCAGCGGGAAGACCACAACCUGGCGCUGCCUGCAGUCGGCACUGUCUGCUCUGCACCGCAAUGGAGAUACAAACUAUAACCUUGUGCGGGAAUUUCCUCUGAACCCCAAGGCUGUGUCUCUUGGAGAAUUGUAUGGUGAAUAUGAUCUGACAACCAACGAGUGGACAGAUGGAAUCCUCUCCAGCCUUAUGCGCACAGCCUGUGCAGAUGAGCGCCCGGACGAGAAGUGGAUUGUGUUUGAUGGGCCGGUGGACACUCUGUGGAUAGAAAGCAUGAAUUCUGUCAUGGACGAUAACAAAGUCCUGACCCUUAUCAAUGGAGAGAGGAUAGCCAUGCCGGAGCAGGUGUCUCUGCUCUUUGAGGUUGCAGAUCUCGCCGUCGCCUCUCCAGCCACGGUGUCCCGUUGCGGUAUGGUAUACAGCGAUCACACCAGCCUGGGCUGGAAGCCAUGUGUCCAGUCCUGGCUAGAGAAGAGAUCCAAGGGGGAAGCGGAGAGCCUCCAGCGUAUGUUUGACAAAUACGUGGGGAAGAUGCUGGAGUAUAAACACCAGAACUGCAAGGAACUCGUACCCCAAGAGGAGGCCUGCGGGGUCAUCUCACUCUGCAAGCUGUACGAGUCACUGGCCACACUGGAAAAUGGGGUGAAUCCAGCAGACCAGGACAAUUACAGCCGCAUGGUGGAGCUCUGGUUCCUCUUCUGCCUGGUCUGGUCAGUAUGCGCCUCUGUGGAUGAAGACGGGAGGAAGAAGAUCGACAACUACCUGAGAGAGAUUGAAGGAAGCUUUCCUAAUAAGGACACGGUGUAUGAGUACUUCGUAGACCCAAAAACAAAGAACUGGAUGCACUUUGAGGACAGAUUGCCAAAAGGUUGGCGAAUUCCAGCCAAUUCCCCGUUCUACAAGAUCAUGGUGCCUACAGUGGACACGGUGCGCUACCAGUUCAUUGUUAGUGCCCUGGUGGCACACCAGAACCCGGUUCUUCUUGUCGGCCCGGUGGGGACUGGGAAAACGUCUAUCGCCCAAAGUGUACUGCAGUCCUUAGAUGCCAACAAGUGGACGUUGUUAACCGUUAACAUGUCCGCACAGACAAGCUCCAGCAACGUGCAAAAUAUUAUUGAGAGUCGUGUGGAGAAGAGGACAAAGGGCGUGUAUGUACCUGCUGGAGGCAAACAACUUCUGACCUUCAUGGAUGACCUCAAUAUGCCAGCUAAAGAUACAUUCGGAUCACAGCCCCCUCUAGAGCUUCUGAGGCUCUGGAUUGACUAUGGCUUCUGGUAUGAUCGACAGAACCAGAGCAUAAAAUAUGUCAAGGACAUGUUCCUUAUGGCAGCAAUGGGUCCCCCUGGAGGAGGCCGAACUGCCAUUUCUGGACGUCUUCAGAGUCGAUUCAACCUGAUUAAUAUGACCUUCCCCUCGGAAUCUCAGAUUAAGAGGAUUUUUGGGACGAUGAUGAGCCAGAAGUUGCAGGAUUUUGAGGAAGAGGUGAAACCGGUUGGGGAUAUUAUCACGCAGGCGACCAUAGAGCUCUAUAACGCUAUUACCCAGAGAUUCCUGCCCACCCCGGCCAAAAUCCACUACCUGUUUAACCUCAGGGACAUCUCUAAGGUAUUCCAAGGCAUGUUACGGGCACACCGCGACCUGCAUGAUACAAAGCACAGUAUGACCAAGCUCUGGGUACAUGAGUGCUUCAGAGUAUUUUCUGACCGUUUGGUGGAUUCCUCCGACACAGAAGCUUUCGUUGGCAUCCUGAGCGAAAAACUGGGCUCCCUCUUCGACCUCACGUACCACAACCUGUGCCCCAGCAAACAACCACCAGUGUUUGGCGAUUUUAUGCGGGAGCCCCCCGUGUACGAGGACAUCACCGACUUCGGCGCCCUGAAAAAGUUCAUGAUGAACCAGCUGGAGGAACAAACUCGGCAGCCCGGGACCGCGGCCAAGAAACUCGUCCUGUUCACCGACGCCAUCCAACACGUGAUCAGAAUUGUGCGGGUGAUUGGCCAGCCGCGAGGGAACACGUUACUGGUCGGCAUCGGUGGUAGUGGGCGGCAGAGUCUGGCACGGCUGGCGGCCUAUAUCUGCGAUUACAAAGUCUUCCAGUUGGAGGUGACGCGUGGAUACCGCAGGCAAGAGUUCCGCGAAGACAUUAAAAAACUGUACCGUCUGGCCGGCGUAGACGGGCGCCCCUCUGUCUUUCUCCUGACGGACACCCAAAUCACAGACGAGUCUUUUCUGGAGGACGUCAACAACAUCCUGAGCUCCGGAGAGGUCCCCAACCUGUACAAGGCGGAUGAGUUUGAGGAGAUCCGGAGCAUUCUACAAGAGCAGGCUAAGGAGGAGGGUAUCCCGGACACUCCGGAGAGCCUCUUUAACUUCUUGAUUGAGAGAGUGCGGAACAAUCUUCACAUCGUUCUGUGUAUGAGCCCGGUGGGAGACCCAUUCAGGAACCGCAUCCGCCAGUAUCCGGCACUGGUCAACUGCACCACCAUAGACUGGUUCUCCGAGUGGCCACAGGAAGCUCUGCUGGAGGUGGCCGAGAGAUAUUUGGAAGGGAUGGAGCUUGGAAACUUGGAGGGGAUCAAUGGGAAGGUGGCCAGGAUCUUUGUCACCAUGCAUCGCUCGGUAGCAGAGUACUCCCGCAAGAUGAAGCUGGAACUAAGGAGACAUAACUACAUCACCCCCACCAGUUACCUGGAGGUAGUGUCCCGGUACAAGAGGCUCCUGAACGAGAAGCGGACGGAGUUGGGAGACAAGGCCACCAAGUUGCGGAACGGACUCUUCAAGAUCGACGAGACCCGAGAGAAGGUGGAGAAGAUGUCCGAGCAGCUGGCCAUCGCCAGGAGUAAAGUGGCCGAGUUCCAGAAGCAGUGCGAGGAGUACCUGGUCAUCAUUGUCCAGCAGAGGAGAGAGGCCGAUGAGCAGCAGAAGACCGUCACAGCCAACAGCGAGAAGAUCGGAGCGGAGGGGAUAAAGUGUAAGGCUCUGGCAGACAAUGCACAGAAAGAUCUGGAGGAGGCCCUUCCCGCUCUGGAGGAGGCGAUGAAGGCCCUGGAGACGUUGAACAAGAGGGACCUGUCGGAAAUCAAAGCCUAUGGACGGCCACCGCCUCUGGUGGAGACCGUCAUGCAGGCCGUAAUGAUCCUGAGAGGGAACGAACCCACUUGGGCCGAGGCCAAGAGGCAGCUAGGUGAAGCCAACUUCAUCAAGCAGCUCAUCAACUUUGACAAGGACAAUAUCUCCGAGCGGGUCCUGAAAAAGAUCGGCCAGUACUGCGCCCUGCCGGACUUCCAGCCAGACAUUGUUGGCAGGGUGUCUCUGGCGGCCCGCUCCCUGUGCAUGUGGGCGCGAGCCAUGGAGAUGUACGGUCGGAUAUUCCGCGUGAUCGAGCCUAAACGGGCCCGCAUGAACGCAGCCAUGGCACAGCUGGAGGAGAAGCAGGCAUCUCUGGCCGAGGCUCAGAAUAAACUCAGAGAGAAAACAAUACAUUGGGAAGAAACCGUUAAAGGUCUUGAAGAAGAUUUGGGUUUGUUAGUCGGUGACUGUCUACUGGCCUCGGCCUUCUUGUCUUAUAUGGGGCCUUUCCUAUCCAACUACCGGGAUGAAAUCCUUUCCAUCUGGAUCAAAGAGGUGAAGGAAAUGCUGGUACCCUGCUCCCCAGAGUUUGACCUUGCCACGUUCCUGUCCAGCCCCACCAUGGUACGUGAUUGGAACCUGCAGGGCCUCCCAUCUGACAGCUUCUCCAGUGAUAACGGCGUCAUUGUCACACGUGGCAACAGGUGGCCACUGAUGAUAGAUCCACAGGGACAAGCCAGCAAAUGGAUCAAAAGUAUGGAGUCUGCAAAGGGUCUAAAAGUCAUCGACCUUCAGAUGACGGAUUUCAUGCGCACCCUGGAACAGGCUGUUCAGUUCGGGACACCCGUCCUUCUGCAAAAUGUCCAGGAGGAUCUGGACCCGUCACUGGCGCCCAUCCUCAACAAGUCUUUCACCAAAGUGGGGGGAAAGCUUCAGAUCCGGUUGGGUGAUAAGGACGUCGUCUACAAUCCGGAGUUCCGAUUUUACAUCACAACGAAACUCUCCAACCCUCAUUACACCCCCGAGAUCAGCUCACAGACCACCAUCGUCAACUUUGCCGUGAAGGAACAGGGUCUGGAAGCUCAGCUAUUGGGCAGCGUGGUGAGGAAGGAACGGCCGGAGCUCGAGGGACAGAAACAGUCACUGGUCCUGAACAUUGCAACUGGGAAACGCAAACUGCAAGAACUGGAGGAUGAGAUUCUCAGGCUGCUGAAUGAGGCAACGGGAUCUCUUCUUGAUGAUGUGCAACUUGCAAACACUCUGCAGACCUCGAAGGUGACAGCGACUGAAGUGAGCGAGCAGUUGGAGAGCAGCGAGGAGACUGAGGAGAAGAUCGAUUUAGCCAGAGAGGCGUACCGUUCGUGUGCCCAGCGGGCUUCUCUCCUCUUCUUUGUCCUGAAUGACCUCGGGAGGAUUGACCCCAUGUACCAGUUUUCUCUGGACUCCUAUAUCGACCUUUUCCACCUGAGUAUCGACAAGAGCAAACGCAGCGCCAACCUGGAUGAGAGAAUCGCCAACCUCAACGAGUACCACACAUAUGCAGUCUACAGGUACACGUGUCGGGCUCUCUUUGAAAGGCACAAGCUCCUAUUCAGUUUCCAAAUGUGCGCCAAGAUACUGGAGGUAGCAGGAAAGCUCAAUAUGGACGAAUAUAACUUCUUCCUGCGCGGAGGAGUGGUGCUGGAUCGAGAAGAACAAAUGGAUAACCCGUGCCAAGGUUGGCUGUCCGAUGCCAACUGGGACAACAUAACAGAACUUGACAAACUGACCAAUUUCCACGGCAUCAUGAACUCUUUUGAGCAGUACCCGCGUGACUGGAACCAGUGGUAUACAAGCCCUGAGCCUGAAAGCGCUUGCCUGCCAGGGGAAUGGGAAAACGCUUGCAGUGAGGUGCAGAGGAUGCUGAUUGUCCGCUCGCUGCGCCAGGAUAGGGUGGCGUUCUGCGUCACUGCCUUCAUCAUCAACAACCUGGGGUCCAAGUUCACAGAGCCACCCGUGCUGGAUAUGAGAGCGGUGGUUGACGACUCCCUCCCUCGUUCUCCGCUGGUGUUCGUUCUCUCCUCAGGCGUGGAUCCCACGGGGGCACUCCUACAAAUGGCUGAGCAGUGCGGCAUGUCACAGCGUUUCCGGGCUCUGUCACUGGGACAAGGCCAGGCACCCAUCGCCACUCGCCUGAUCAAAGAAGGAGUGAAGGAAGGUCACUGGGUCUUCCUGGCCAAUUGUCACCUCUCUCUUUCCUGGAUGCCGCAGCUGGACAAGUUGGUGGAGCAGCUGCAGGUGGAGAAUCCGCACCCGAGCUUUAGGCUGUGGCUCAGCUCCAGCCCGCACCCCGAGUUCCCCAUCUCCAUCCUGCAGGCCAGCAUCAAGAUGACAACUGAGCCCCCCAAGGGUCUCCGCGCCAACAUGAAGCGCCUCUACCAGCUGAUCACAGAGCCCCAGUUCUCCCGCUGCACCAAGGCCUCCAGCUACCACCGCCUGCUCUUCUCCCUCUGCUUCUUCCACAGCAUCCUCCUGGAGCGCAGGAAGUUCCUCCAGCUAGGCUGGAACAUUGUGUACGGCUUUAACGACUCCGACUUUGAGGUCUCGGAGAAUCUUCUCAGCUUGUACUUGGAUGAGUACGAGGAGACACCUUGGGAAGCUCUGAAAUAUCUCAUCUCUGGGGUCAACUAUGGCGGCCACGUGACGGAUGAUUGGGAUCGACGACUGCUCGGAACCUAUAUUAAUGACUAUUUCUGUGAUCCCGCUAUCACCACUACGUUCUACAAGCUCUCCUCCCUGGAUGCGUAUUACAUCCCGCGUGACGGUACGCUGGCAUCAUACAAGGAGUUCAUCUCCCUGCUUCCCGCUGUGGAUCACCCAGAAGCCUUCGGACAGCACCCCAACGCCGAUAUCGCCAGCCAGAUCACCGAGGCACGGACGUUGUUUGACACUCUGCUCUCUCUGCAGCCUCAGGUCACGCAGAACGUUCCCGGAGGACAAAGCAGAGAGGACAAGGUCCUGGAGUUACUGACCGAUGUUCGUCAGAAGAUUCCUCAGGAAAUUGAUUACGAGGGAACAAGGAAAGUUUUGAGUGAUGACCCCAAUCCACUCAACGUUGUGUUACUACAAGAGAUCCAGAGAUACAAUGCUCUUCUCAGCACAAUCAGGUCCUCUCUUCUGGACCUGGAAUACGGGAUACAAGGCUUGGUGGUCAUGUCCACAGAACUGGAGGAGAUCUUUACCUAUAUACAUGACGCCCGCGUUCCGCCACUCUGGGAAAAGGCUUAUCCUUCAUUAAAACCAUUGGCGGCCUGGACCCGGGACCUGGCAUCACGUGUAGAGAUGUUCGCUCGCUGGGCAGAGACUGCGCGCCCUCCGGUUUUGUUCUGGCUUUCCGCAUUCACCUUCCCAACCGGUUUCCUGACUGCUGUACUCCAGAGCGCGGCCCGGCAGAAUAAUGUCUCUGUUGACUCUCUAUCCUGGGAAUUCAUUGUCUCUACUGUGGAUGAUAAUAACCUGGUGUAUCCUCCAAAGGAUGGGGUGUGGAUCCGCGGUCUGUAUCUAGAAGGAGCUGGCUGGGAUAAGAAGAAUUCAUGUUUGAUGGAAGCGGAGCCAAUGCAGCUGGUAUGUCCGCUGCCAACUGUGCACUUCAGACCAACUGAGAGCAAGAAGAAGAGCAGCAAAGGUCUGUACUCCUGUCCAUGUUAUUACUACCCCGUCCGCUCCGGCUCUUCUGGCCGGGCCUCCUUCGUCAUCGGCGUGGAUCUGCGCAGUGGGCCCUCACCUCCAGAACAUUGGAUCAAGCGUGGCACCGCUCUGCUGAUGAGUCUGGACAGUUAGAGGACCAGAAGUAUAUCCGCUCGUCUAU